UCUUUCAUUUUUUGAAUUGCUCUCAUAGUUACUUCCAAACCUGCCACUUCAUCAUUAAAGACGGUCGGCUAUCAUCUUAGGUUCUUCGGCACAUAAUUUACUAGUACCUUCAUUUGUAGUUUUGUAUGAGUGUGUUAGAGUUGGUGAUGAUGGUGCAUUCUCGUUGAAGCUAAGGUAGAACCCACCACGUACCCGGCCUGCCCCCUUUAGGAUUCCUACUGAUAUGUGUGUUGGUUGAAAACAGGACGCGAUGAGUACAGGACUGCCAGCACCGGAAGGUCGUCCGGCCCAGAGUUAAAAAAGGCAGUUUGCGCGGCUCGACAUCUCUUCAAAGGCAGCCCGUGUCCUCGUAACUAGCCUAUCUCUCCCCGGGCUGUGUUGUACACCAGUGUUUGGCUGUGAUCUCGGCGGGUAUCGCGGAACAUGGCGGUUGUUAGAACAACGUUGUUGCUGAUGCCGCUGGCGCUGUGGCUUUCCGUAGGCUGGGUGGGCGGGAACCAGGAGGCGAUGUGGCCGGGUGCCGGGUCCAUACUCAACGUCACCAACGCAGACCUCUCAAAGGGAGUUGAUUACCUGAUGAAGUUCGGCUACCUGAAGCAGGACGGAAAGAUGCGAACCGGAGAGGACUUGAGGGAGGCCAUCAUCACCAUGCAGAGGUUCGGCGGCCUGGAGGAGACGGGGAAACUGGACGAGGGGACCCUGAAGCUCAUGCAGUCUCCGCGGUGCGGCGUUGCUGACAUCAUCGGCACGGCAGAGACCACCAGGAAGAAACGCUACGCGCUGGUUGGAUACUAUUGGCAGAAAAAGAAUCUGACUUACAGAAUCGUGCGGACGACCCCCCAGCUCAGCCCGUACGUGGUGCAUGACGCCAUCCGGCGCGCCUUUAACGUCUGGAGUGACGUCACACCCCUGACGUUUACGGAAAUGUUCCACGGAGAAGCCGACAUCAUGAUAGACUUCCUCUGGGGUUUCCAUGGCGACGGCAACCCCUUUGAUGGUCCCGGGAACACCCUCGCGCAUGCGUUCUUCCCCGGUCCACGCAGAGGAGGAGACACUCACUUUGACGAGGAGGAAAAAUGGACGAUGACGAAAGAAGGCGCGAACCUGUUCCAAGUGGCGACCCAUGAGUUCGGCCACGCCCUGGGUCUGGGACACUCGUCCGAACACAACACCAUCAUGGGCCCGUUCUACCGAUACCGUGAUCCUUUGCAGCUGACUGAGGACGACAUCAGGGGUAUCCAGCAACUAUACGGUGCUCCCGAAGAAAAGGCUCGUCCAAAGCAGCCCUUGACGCCCGUCGUGACUCAGGAACCUCGCUAUCCCCCGAAGCGCCCCGACCACGUGCCGAACACUCCCGAACAGCCCCCACGAAGACCGCCCGUCCACACUCCCGACAGACACCCGCACACCCCGAACCAUCCGGAGACACCUGUCGACACCUGCUUCUCGUCCAUUGAUGCGGUAGCGGUCAUUCGCAGCGAACUUUUUGUCUUCAAGGAUCGUCACUUUUACAGGUAUCACGACAAGGGCCUGUACCCCGGCUACCCUGCGAUGACCAGCCGGUUCUGGCGCAGUCUGCCCCGCGGCGUGCACGUCGACGCCGUGUACGAACGCUACGACGGCAAGAUAGUCUUCUUCAAAGGUUCCGAGUACUGGGUGUUCGAUGGGAACUACCUAGAGUCCCGCUUCCCUCGGCCUAUCCGGGACUACGGCCUGUACGUGCAGUCUGUGGACGCAGCCUUCGUUUGGGGGCACAACGGCAAAACCUACUUCUUCAAGGGCAACAGGUACUGGCGCUAUGACGACAUCGAGAAGAAGAUGGACCGUGGCUACCCUAAGAAGAUUGACAGGUGGGAGGGCGUGCCUAACAACCUGGACGGCAUCAUGCAGUGGACAGACGGUCUGACGUAUUUCUUCAAAGGCAGUCAGUACUGGAAGUUUAACGACAUCACCAUGCGUGUGGAGGACGGGUACCCUCGGUCCGCGCCGCACGAUUGGUUCGGCUGCCGGAAGGUCCUGAACACGCCCAACGAUCGUGACCCGGAAGAAGAGGAUCCGUUUUCCGGGGAGGAGCCAAACGAUCAACCAAGCACUUCCGGUGGAAACCGCGCAACCUUGAACUUGUACACCGUGUCAACGGCGUUGUUAAGUCUUGUAAUAUCUGUAUGCGUGUGGUUGCUAUAACGAUACUAUUGUGCGGUGGCUUGUGGUGACUUUUUCAUACAUUCUCGUCUUUGGAAGUCCAGUCUCAGGAGAUAUGAUAUUUAACGUCCACAGUAUUGGACCAAUCCUUCGGAUGGAUCAUUGCAAUUGAAAAUGGUUGUAAACUGAAUAUUGCUACCGUGUUACUUCAGUGUGGGAAAACAUGUACACUCAUUUGUAUGACAGGUGGAAUGGUAAUAUUAUAAUACAGUAGUCAUGACCAGAGGCAGGAACCUCUUGUUGUACAUGUACAUGUUAUUAUGAACGUUCAAUAGUAUUAUUAUUAUUAUUAUUAUGAGAACUUACAAUAUGACUAUUUUGCUCUUGGAAAACAUGUAUUGAUUCUAUCAUGGAUUAAAGUUGGUUGUUAAUGUAAAA